AUGUUGUCCCUACCUUUCCUCACCCCUCGCGACUCCCAUGAGCUCUGGUUCGGCGCAUCCCAACCAUAUCGCUCUACCUCACCAUCACAAUCACACGACGCCGGUGCCAACAUCGCCCGCCGCAAUGCCAACAACAAUAACAACCGCCGUGCCUUUAUGCCCUCGCGCUGUCCCUCAAAUGGUCUGUCGGCUCUCGCUAUGGAGGAGCGGGCGUUGCGCUCCCGGAAACAGAAUAUCGCGUCUUUUGGAUACUCAUGGAUCAAGCCAGCGGGAUGCUCUAAGACAAUGCUGGGUAUGAAGGAAGAGGAGGCUGAGCGUGAAGAGGCAUUGGCGGCAGCGGCAGCAGAGAUGAAUGCUGAAGGCCUUAUGGAUGAUGAUCUAGGCAUGACACAAGGAGAGGAAGGAGAUGAGGAGGAGCAGGGCAUGGAGCGGGAUCUGGAUGACGAGAUACCUGAUGCGGAUGUUGAGGGGUUGAUUGAAGAAGGCGAGGAGGGCCUUGAAGAGGAGGACGUCGGCGAUGAGGAUGGCUACAUGGAGCGAGAUUUGGAUGAUGAGAUUCCCGAAGGAUAUCCUGACGAUGACUACGAGGAGAGUGGGCUAUAUGAGCAGAACGACGAGGACUUUGACAACCAACCUGAUUUGGAUGCGGAGAUUCCUGAGGCUGAAGAGGGGAUGAGCGAGGAGAUGAGUCGAGAUCUGGACGUUGAUAUUCCCGAUGCUGCAGAGAGCGGAUCCGAACAAGACGGCGAAUGGCAACAUACGGAUACGGAGGAAGAGUCUGAUGAGGAGGAGGAAGAGGAGGAGAUUAAUAAUGACAAUGUUGUCCGCAACCGACUCACUGAGAAUUUCAGGACAAGCACUCCGAACAGUCGUGGCAUGUUGCCGACACCACCAAUGCGCCGGGCGCGCGAGACUGAAGCUCAGAGUCGCUUCAUCAAUCGUUGGAGUGGUGGUGGCGAUGCCCUGGACUCUAGCAGCAUGUUCCUCGAGGAUGAGGAUCUGCGCGCCUCGGUCACAAGUCAAGGCAGCCGCAGUGGAUUUGCUCGACGCUUCCCUCGUCACGUUGGUAGACCACGAGACUCUCUCAAUUGA